AACAGAAAACAGCCCAGACUGAUGUUCUCUCUUUGGGGCAGGGGAGAAAGUGAAUCAAACACCAGCCCCUCCCUCAUUGUCCUCUGCUCCCCGACACGCGUCUCCUCCACGAACAGCCACCUCUUGCUUGGCCACCCGGCUGCCCUUGGCUAAUGGGGGCAACGCAAUCCCUCUGCCGUGGUCCACUCCGGUCCGUGGGAUCCAGGCCGGGUUUUCCGUGCACUCCCCCAGCGUGAGUGCAGCAUUUCAAAGUGGACAGCGACUCUGUCCACUGUGUUAGUGCUAGUCCCGAAGUCGCCAAAGCAUGGAGCCAGGGCCACGCAUCGCACCGCUGUGCUGAAGUCCGGGAUGGUGGGAGAACCGGCAUUUACCAGUUCCCAGCCCCUGCAUCUGUCCUGAGCUGCCCUUCUUUGAUGCUUGCCAUGGAGUUAAAGGGAAUUCUAGCCAGUGUGUACCAUGCUGUGCUCCUGCUGCCCUUCUCCCUUCUGCUGUGGGGACCGUCAAGCUCCAACGCUGCCGGCAGUUGCUCGCCGUCUCCGUGCCAGAACGGGGGGAGCUGCGAGGACCUGGAGGGGGGCUACCGGUGCCUCUGCCCCCAGCAGCCAGUGGCAUACAGGGGCGCCAACUGCGAACUCCUCUCCUCCGUGUGCUCUGUGCACAACUGCCCCCCCGACUGGCUGUGCACGGAAACGGCGGGACACCAGGGUUACGAAUGCACCUGUGGGCCUGACCUCCCCGGCACGGAGUGUCCCAUGGCCGCACAUGCGUGCGAGAGCAACCCCUGCCACGGGCCUCCCUGGGAGUGUGUCGCGAGUGCCCGUGGCUACAUCUGCCAGUGCCCCACCGCACCAUCCGGAGACGGCUGCCGCCUGGAAGGGUCUUGGUGCUCCAGCCGCCCCUGCCAAAAUAACGGGACCUGCACGGAGGGGGCCGGGGGAUACGCCUGCCGCUGCCACGCCGGCCACGCCGGGCCGCACUGCGAAGAGGACGUUGACGAGUGCGCCUCCAGCCCCUGUCAGAAUGGCGCCAUCUGCCUGGACGGGGCGGCCGAGUAUCAGUGUUUCUGUGUGCCGGGCUUCCAAGGGCACCGCUGCGAAAUCGACAUCGACGAGUGCGCAUCCCGGCCCUGCGAGCACAACGGCACCUGCCGGAACGAGAGGGAUCACUACGUGUGCACGUGUGUCCCCGGCUACGCAGGUGUCAACUGUGAGGCUGAGAUCGACGAAUGCAACUCGGACCCGUGCCAGAACGGGGGCACCUGCACGGACCGCGUCGCGUUCUACGCCUGCGCCUGCGCCCCAGGUUAUGAGGGGCCUCAGUGUCAGGUGGACAUAGACGAAUGCGCCAGCCAGCCCUGUAGCAACGGAGGGAUCUGUCACGACCGUGUGGGCAGCUACCAGUGUGACUGCGGCGACACCGGCUUCGAAGGGGCGCACUGCGAGCUGGACAUCCUGGAGUGCGCCUCCCAGCCCUGCUGGAACGGGGCCACCUGCCUGGAGGGGGUCAGGGAGUACAGCUGUGCCUGCUGGCCAGGUUACGCGGGGCAGCGCUGCGAGGAGGACGUGGACGCGUGUGCUUCCCAGCCGUGCCACAACGGCGGCGUGUGCCUGGAGCGAUCCAACCGAACCUACUACGGGACCCAGCCCGACUUCCCCCCCGCUUUCGGCUACAGCCACGCCGCCGGGUUCCUCUGCCGGUGCCAGCCAGGCUUCUCAGGGGAGAGCUGCUCUGUGAACGUGGACGAGUGCGCGUCCCAGCCCUGCCAGAACGGGGGGAGCUGCAUGGACCUGGCGAACAGCUUCCUUUGCCGUUGUCUGCCGGGCUACGCAGGUGUAGAAUGUGCUGUUGACAUCGACGAGUGCAAGGAUGGGCCCUGUCAGAAUGGGGCCACCUGUGAGGAUGCCAUUGCUGACUAUUUCUGCUACUGUGCCCCUGGUCAGGAUGGCAUCCAAUGGGGAGGGAAGAACUGCUCUGUGGCGCUUAUGGGGUGCCAGACUCACGACUGCCAAAACGAGGCCUUGUGCAUCCCAACUUACCACGCUGAGACCCAUGGACGCCUUUGCCAGUGCCAGCCGGGCUUCUAUGAUGCCACAUGCUCCACGUCAACAACGUUCUCCUUCAGUUCCCCUGGGUACCACCUUCUCCAACUGCCCCUGAAGAAUAAUGGGAGCAGUAAAGACGUGGCAGGGGAUGUGACUAGGGUGUCACUCCGGUUCCGAACCACCUUGCCCAAUGCCAUCCUCGUCUACCGAGGGAAUGAAGCAGAGUACCUGUUCCUGGAGCUCUCCGAUGGCAUGCUGCAUGCGGGGCUGAGGCGAGACGAUGCUGAAUCCUCUUUGGACUUGAAGGGGCUGAGGGUUGAUGAUGGCCAGUGGCACAAGGCUGAGGUUCUGCUGCAGGAUUCCCUGGAGUUACGGCUCUGGCAUGGGGCUUGCAAGACAGGAGUCUGCCUGCAGGACAUUCCUACUGGAAACAGUGCUGCUGCACCCUUCCCUGCAUUCCUGAACACCUACAUCGGGGGAGUAGAUGGAGAUUUGACUAAUACCACCAGGAGCCGGGAGAGUUUCAUUGGCUGCCUGGAGGACCUGGAGAUUGAUGAUCAGAUUAUCCUUCCCUUUGAUAUCCCCCACCACGAGUCCUCCCCAGUGGAGCUGGGCUGCAACAGGACAGAAUGGUGCCACUCCCAGCCCUGUUCUCAAAGAGGCCAGUGUGUAGACCUCUGGGUGACCUUUAGGUGUGACUGCGCUAGGCCUUACGAAGGCCAGACUUGUUCCCACGAGUACCCAGCAGGAACCUUUGGCCUGGAGGAUUCCUCCAGCUUUGCUUCCUUCACAAUUGUGGAUAACCCUGGUGCAAACUUCAACGUCUCCUUUUUUAUCCGCACUCGGAAGCCAAGUGGCCUCGUGCUGCAAAUCAGCAAUGGGACUGCCCCUUGCCUCGUGGUGUACCUAAAGAAUGGGCAGCUCCAGAUAGCAACACUGUCCACAAACACCGUGACUUUUGCAGAGAACCUGGCUGAUGGGAGGAGACAUCUGGUAACUCUCACCCUCCAAGGAGGAGUUGUCUAUUCCAGCCAUUCCGACAGAGCCGUGGUGCUAGGACCACUGGCAGUGGUGCCUCUGCUAGCUGGUUAUGAGGUGUACGUUGGUGGACUUCCUCACCAAGACCACGUGAGCCCAUGGGGAGGAUAUUUUAAAGGCUGUCUUCAAGAUGUCCAGCUCAACAACCGCCAAAUGGAGUUCUUUCCUUCACAGGCUGAGAACUACAGUCGGCCACAAAAGGUGUACAUGGGACAAACCACAAACCUCACACAGGGCUGCAUCUCUGAUGACACCUGCAAGUCUGGGCCAUGUCACAAUGGUGGCACAUGCACGGUCACCUGGAACGACUUCCAUUGCCACUGUCCAGCCAACUUCACUGGGAAAACCUGUGAGGAACGAGUCUGGUGUGCAGGUGAUCCAUGCCCCAAAGCCACCUUCUGCGUGGACGUUCCAGCAGGAUACGUGUGUCUGGCCAAUGCAACGUUCCAUGGUAACACAUCCGUUGAAUUCACCACCAAUGCUUCUGUCACCAGAGCGCUUACCAGCCUCUACCUCGACUUCAAAACUAGGGACAAAGACGCCUUUUUGCUUUGGGCAACCGAAGAGGUGGACUCCCUCCAAAUCACCAUUCAGAACUCCACUCUGCUGGUGGCGCUCCGAAGCGGGAACAGCAUCGAGGGGGUCAGCUUCCUGAGCCAAACACCCAUUGCAGACGGCUCCUGGCACAGGGUGUCUCUGUCUAUGGAAGAACCUUCGGUGCUGUCUUCAAGGUGGCUGGUUCUUUUGGAUGGGUCUGUGAAUGGCACCCUCCAGGGGAGCGCUGGAAACCUGGACUUCUUGAAGAGCAAUGCGCUGAUCGUGCUAGCUGAGAAUUACACAGGCUGCCUCGGACAUGUGAACGUGGGGGGGGUGUAUCUGCCCUUCACUGGGCAUCUCGCUUACCCUCAGCCAGAGCAAUUUCUGCAGUCUAGCAGUGGGCGUGUCCAGCUGGGCUGCACAGGGGCGGAUGUCUGCACCUCGAGCCCCUGCUUCCACGCAGGCACGUGUGAGGACUUGUUCAAUUCCUUCCAGUGUGCCUGCAGUGCUGGCUGGGAGGGGCCUCUGUGUGAGUCUAACAUAGAUGACUGUAAGUCCAGCCCCUGCGUCCAUGGGGACUGUAUGGACUCAGUGGCCGAUUUUCAGUGCGACUGUCACAGGGGCUACAUUGGGAAGAGGUGUCACAUCAACGUGGAUGAUUGCGUGCGGCACCAGUGCUUAAACGGUGCGACCUGCGUCGAUGGGGUUUACAGCUACUCCUGCAAGUGCCCCCCUCAGUACUCAGGACCUCGCUGCGAAUGGCCAUUCCCACCUCAACAGUGCGGCAAAAACUUCACCUGCUUGAAUGGAGGCAAAUGUACCAGUGGGACGUGGGGCGCCAACUGCACCUGCAAGCCGGGAUUCACUGGAAGGAAUUGUCAAAUUAACAUCAAUGAGUGUGAGCCAAACCCGUGCCAGAAUGGAGGGACGUGCCAGGACUCGGUGAACAAGUACGAGUGUGUGUGCAGCGCCAGCUACACCGGGGAGCGCUGUGACGUUGACAAGGGGACUCCAGGUGCUUUCUUCCCAUUCCCAUUAAUUGAAGUAGCUGUCCCUGUAGCCUGUGGCUGUUUGCUGCUCCUUAGUAUUGGUCUCAUAUUCACGAUUCUCACGGCAAGGAAGAGGCGCCAAUCAGAGGGGACCUACAGCCCAAGCCAACAAGAGGUGGCAGGAGCUCGCUUGGAGAUGGACAGUGUCCUAAAGGUGCCACCAGAAGAGCGCUUAAUCUAGGCAUGAGAUGCACCUUGGCAAGGAGACGUACCUGCAAGGUCUGCUUUGACCUUGAGAUUUUUCCAGCACUUGCAGCAACAGAGCCCCCUCUAGCUCAGCUCCUUAGGGCACUGGUGGUGGUGACAUGGACUGACACGUACUCAGCAGACUGUUCCGGCUCUGGCACGUUACAUGUUAGUCACGUCAACUAGACACUGCUGGAUUGUGGCUCAAAAUGAAUCCCUUGACCUGCCACCUUUCACAUCCCCGCUGGACUCCUGGUGAGACGGGGGUUCUGGAAGGUGAUGUACGUAUUUGCACCAGCUAAGAGAUGUCCCUUGCUCCAGAGUCCACCUCUUCCACGGCAGCCACAUUUUUAAAGACAGCUGAAAAAGGAGAAAUUAGACACAAACUGCCACUGUCAGGGAAGAUUUUCCUUGAGUUGCAAAGCAACUCUACUUUAAUGGUACAUAUUGAGUUGAAAUGUAUAGAGGAUAUUUAUGAUCAGUUGUGUGAUAGUUUAACUUCCCAAAAACGACUGCAGCCUUCUGUGCAGCCCUGGUGGGCUGAGGGUAGAGCAUUUCCAAACCUGUUUUCACAACGCAGUCUUUAACAGCAACAGCAGCUGUGAACUCCUGCCUCCUGAUAGACACAGCCUUCGAAGGAGCUGUCGGGAGCUACUGAAGUCAUUAAACAAUCAACACGUUUUAUCAAGUAAUCCCUAUUUGGGAUAGAACGUUAGCCAUUCCCAUGGGUACCGCACAGGAAGUGUGUAACAAUAACCGUGUUUACGAGGGGGUGGGGCUGAGAUACCUGCAGGAUUGUGCAAGCCCAGUUCUUGGUGCCAAAUGUUUGUUCUUUGUUCCCUGAGACAGAAGGAUGGGGACAGCAUCAUCCAACUUGCAAUAAGGGGGGGAGCGAUGCAGUUGGGACUUGCCUUAAGAACUCAGUUUUCAUCUCUAUGAAAGAAAAGCUGUGAGCCACAACCCUUGCACCCGUUUUAAUCUGCACUGGGAACCGAUACAAUGAUUGGUUCUUCUCUCGGGCCUAGAAAUUCUCAUAUGAUAAAAAUGAGCAAAACAGCAAUAAAAAGGGGAGAGGGGCCUAGACGGGUCUUGUGCUGGCUUUGAUUUUUCAUGACAUAUGCACCUUUUUCUACCCAUGAGCUCUGCGUAAAGUCAGUAACACCAUGUUCCACCCCAGCAGCCAGCCUGGGCGCAUCUUAGCAACUCCUCGCUUGUGGGAGCAGUCGGUGCCGCCGGGGCCGCCUUGCUCCUGGUCCUGGUGGCAGCCUCUGUGAUCGCCAUGAAGAGAAGAAGAGCCACUCAGGGAACGUACAGUCCCAGCCGCCAGGAGAAAGAUGGGGCACGAGUGGAGCUAUGGAACGUGAUCAAGCUGCCGCCAACGGAGAGGCUGAUCUGAGCAGUAGGUAUGAUUACAGGCGGCAGUUUUCAGCUGGUACAGUCGCUUGAAUGCCACUGUUCUGUUGUCCAUGGUAAAGCCAGAGAUGCUCUCUGUGGGGCAAUUCCAUUCACCAGCUGAUUUCUCUGCAGGAUGGGGCAGCUGCUCACUCGUGAUUGGUGGCAGUGAACCUUCUUGUGGGCGUUGACCUAACCCCAGUGAAAACAGCUCAGCUGGGAAGGGCGGGGGAACAUAGGAAGCUUUCUGGGGCAGUUAUUGGGCAAGUUAUUUGUAUACAAAACUGAUGUGUCGCCCACAUUGCUAGAUCGCUUGGGCACUGCCGCUUCCCUUUCCCCGUCUGUACAGUAUCCCUUGUCCUCCCUUUGUCAUUUGACGGUUCAUGUCAGCAAUAAUUCUCUCGGUGCCAUGAAGUCAGCGUCAACAUUAUGUUGACCACUAGUAGAUGGCAAACAGCAGCAAAAAGACAGUUCAGGGAGAGCCAGUUAACAGAGUAAGCAUUUAAUUUCCUCACCUAAUGCAGAGUGCGAUUCAAAGAAACCUGCCAGUGCAAGGGGGAGGCACCUCCCCACCCCCCAACACUCGACUGCACUUUGUGGAAGACGUUUUCCAUGACUCCGUCUUCCCCAGAGGCAGACUAGAAUCACCACACUGGAAGAACGUUAAAAUGUGUGUGGCUGUUAAGACACUUGAUUGUUUUAUGACUCAAUCAGUGGGGUAUUGCAAGUGCCUUAGUGACAACAAAUCACCAAUUCCAGUAUUAACUUUUUCUAACAGAAUUUUUAGGUGGAUCAGCACUUACAGUGAGAAUGAGCUUCGUGGCCUGGAGACAGGGGUUUUGCAAGGAUGUCCUGGGUGUAGGGUCUGCCACCUAAGCACACACAGCUCGAGUGGAACUGAAUUCCUGAGGGAGAGAAGUGGAUUGGACUUAGUGCUGCUCCACUAGAGUUUCAGGCCACCGUGUAACUGAGGAUGGAAGUCACCGGCAUGCAGAGGGCCAGUGUGUAAUCUAGCAUGAUGGGGAGCGGGGCUGGGCCUUUGGGUAAGGCGAGUGAGGUGGUUGCCUUGGGGCCAGCGCAUUCAAGGCCUGCGCUGCCCAGCUCCCGGGCCCGCCCACACACUGCCCUGACUGGGAGCCGUGCGGCUCAGCCAAACACAGCGUGCUGCCUUGGGCCCCAUGUGCUCUUUGGCCGGGCCUGGCUGGCCCUUUCCACAGGGGAGAAUUCCCCGCCCCCCAUGUAAGAAAUGUGCUGACCUGCGCAAUGAAUACAUAAUCCUGCGCUACACUUUGGUAAACGAUAUUGAUUUUUCCCAGUGAAGGAUGCACUCCUUCCUGUGUGUCUCCGUUCCCCCUUUUUAAUAGCUGUCGCAUGCAGUAUUUCCUGAUCGUCACCGUGUGUCAGACACUGUGCAAACACCUGCUACAGCACAGGCCAACCGAGGUCUAAAAUCAUUAGCAUUUCAUCAUAAUUAUUACAAAGACCAGUGAGAAAUACUUAAUAAACAGUGUCUGCUCGUCUCUACAGAAGACUCCUUAAUAAGCAGAGGUGUGAAUCCACACACACACACCACAGCAGGCUGCCUUUGGAGGACACCCUCUCUACCAUUUCGGUAUUUGAAAGUAUUAGUCUGUUUACUCUUGCUGUAAAUAUUUCUGGAAUUGUACUAAAGGGAACAGGUCUACGAUGAGAGAUUCAGCCAGUCCUCUUCAGGGCAAGUCCCCGGGGCACCAAUAAGGGUUUGAAUGAAGACCAUCUAUUUUGAAAACACCUUUCACUUGUAGUGUGAAACGCACCUGGAUUUUUGCACGUAGGAUUAGGGUAGCAAGAUGCCAUCCCUCCCCUAGUGCAGGAGGAGAAGCAUGAGGCGCUGACCAUUCAGGGGCAGGGCGUUGGGAAGAUCUUUACAGAAGAGAUGUCAGUACCUACAGACUGCCAUAGACGUAUUAUUUUGUAUUAAUGCCAAUGCAAUUUACCUUUGAGCCCAGUGGUCUGCUCUGUCUGUUCUUCAAUGGUUGUCUACUGAGGUUUAACUCAAGUCUAACACCGCUGCUUCCAGACCCUUUAGCAAUAGGACAGUGCCUGUGUUACACCCCACGGGCUGCAGGGAAUUGGCAAAUGAUGAAACUGUGUUUGUGGGCAGCAGCAUUUGAACCCUUGUGGAGAAAACAGGCCCUCCAAGGCAGGCCCUAACAGCUGUGAUGCUCGCAGGGGCUCUUUGAGAAAGGGGAUGAAUUCACUUCCUAUUAUUCCUGCCUUAAGGUUGGAAGAGCCCACCAUGGCCAGGGGACCCUUCCCACCAGAAGACAGUGACAGAGCCUCUCCCUGGAGCCAUAAAUCUUGAACCAUGUCCCAAGUGCUCCUUGGAGUGAGAUGGAAUCGUGCCCUGGACUUACCUCUAGGGAUGUUAACGAGUAGGCAACUAGCUUAGGCUUAUCGAUUAAUCCUGUCGACUACUCACAUCCCCUCCCCCCUUGCUGCCUCUAUGUCAGAGGCAGCAAGGGGAGGAGGAAGCAAGAACAGGUGCGGGGGCAGCCAAUUUAAAAGCCAGUUCCCCCCCAGCACUGGCCCCCCGGUGCCGCCUGCUCCCACCCCACACUG